GGCCCGCGGGCGUCCAUUCGCUGAAACGCUGCUUUGGAAACACUUGUCCCGUAGCACUUCGUAAACAAGCUAGCCCUGCUGAACGUCUUGCCGUUUCGCCUCAGGACGGUUUCGUGGAGGAAAUAAUCACGGUCGGGGCUUUUGUCGGCGUCCGGACAGAUCACCUGCCUGCCUCACAUGCGCACUUCACCGGCGGGAUAAGGGAGUUUACCUGUCGGUGCCGUGGAUGCCGGGGACGGCUAAUCCACUUCUCAAACGAAAUCACUGCUGCAUCUCAACAAGUUUGUCCCAGAAGCGGAGAUGCUGGUGAACAGACUGAAACAACUCUCGAGCCUGGUUGCUGUCCAGGCAGAACAAAACUUGUGGUUUUCUAUUCGCAUGAAGUGGAGCUGGUCCACAUUCUGCUUCGUAUCGCUGCCCUCGGACAACGUGAAGACUGACAAAUGAGGACUGUAGCAGGAGGAAUCGCAGAUGACUCUGCUGCCAGCUUUUAAAACACAUCAGUUGUGCCAGCGUGGUUGGUUGUCAGUUAAAGAUUGCAGCCGAUGAGGAGUCCAGCAAGCCGGCAUGCAGCUUCACCGUGGCAUGGCUGUGUGGAAAGCGAGUUGUGUACUCGAGCAGGAAAGGUACUCGGUGCUGGGCAGGAUUUGUGAGCAUCUCUCGGCCUCCUAUGGGAAUAUACAGCGCGUGUGUUUUCCCAGCGAAGGGCUCCUACUUCUGACCAGCACAGGGUGGAAGCAGUGGACCAUUUCCACCCACCCCGCUGCAGUGGCUCAGUCUGAACGCAGGACGGCAGGCUGGUCUCAUCCUCACCAGACUGAAGUGAACCCACGAGUCAACAGCGUCACAUCCAAGAUGACUCCACAGCGUUGGGGCCACUGAUCAGCGCCCUUGAAGAAAAACCUUGUCGUUCCAAACCUGCCCGGACUCCACCGCAGCAGCUGCUGGAGUCCCCGUUAGACCACGCGGGCUUUCCGGUUCCUGUCGCCCGUUGCUGCGUCUGGAUGUGGAAACGCUGCGCGCAAACGAGCCGCGCGUCGAUGUUGCCGGACGGAACUCGGAGCGUGUGAAUUAUGAGCGAGCGUCGCAUGAGGAUGAAUCUCUCUUCGGUGAACUCCUCCUCGGGGAGAGCGGAGUCGGUGGUCAUUUCUUUGGGGUUUUCGGUCAUUUUCCUGGUCGGCACCGCGGGAAACUCCCUGGUCCUCGCGGUUCUGUUUCGCAGCGGACAGAUGAAUACCAAAACCACCAACUGGUUCAUCCUCAACCUGGGGAUAGCAGACCUGUCCUUCAUUGUUUUCUGCGUGCCCUUUCAGGCCACCAUCUACACGCUGGAUGAGUGGGUGUUCGGACCUGUGGUGUGUAAAGUCGUGCACUUCAUCAUUUUUCUCACCAUGUACGCCAGCGUCUUCACCCUGACAGCUGUUUCCCUGGACAGGUAUUUAGCCAUUUGCUACCCGCUCCGCUCCAGGGAGAUGAGAACACCAAAGAACGCCUUCACCUCCAUCUGCCUGGUUUGGGCCUUGGCCUUGGUCUUCUCCGGACCGUAUCUAAGCUACUACACACAGAUGGACCUGGUCGGCACUGUGGUGUGUAUACCCGCCUGGGAGUCCAAACCACGCAUCAUAAUGGAUGUCUGCACCUUCAUCUUUGGCUACCUCAUUCCUGUCCUGGUGCUCGGCCUCACCUAUGCCCGCAUCAUCCGAUACCUGUGGACCAGCGUGGACCCUGUUAAGGACAUGUCCGAGUUUCGGCGGGCCAAGCGUAAAGUCACCAAGAUGAUCAUCAUCGUCACUGCUCUCUUCUGCCUUUGCUGGCUUCCCCAUCACCUGGUCAUCCUCUGCAUGUGGUUUGGACAUUUCCCCCUCAACCACACCACCUACGUCCUCCGCAUCCUCUCCCACCUGGUGGCUUACACCAACUCCUGCUUCAACCCCAUCGUCUACGCCCUCGUCUCAAAGCACUUCCGCAAAGGCUUCAGGAAGGUUUUCAGCUGCACGCUGAGGAGGAGGGAGGUCAACAAGGUGCACGUCAUCCAGGCGUUGAACACGGUCAGCAGUGUGGAGACAUCCAACUAGAGACAACGGCUUUGACCCGGACCAGAUGAAGGAGAGGAAGAGCCAAC